AUGUCUUCCUCAGAUGAAGAGACGCUCAGUGAGCGGUCAUGUCGGAGCGAGCGGUCUUGUCGGAGUGAGCGAUCUUACAGGAGCGAGCGGUCAGGGAGCCUGUCUCCCUGUCCCCCAGGGGACACCUUGCCCUGGAACCUGCCACUGCAUGAGCAGAAAAAGCGGAAAAGCCAGGAUUCGGUGCUGGACCCUGCAGAGCGUGCUGUGGUUAGAGUCGCUGAUGCCCUUCCGAGUACAUCCUUCUGCUUCCCCCAUUGCAGCCUUCUUAGAAAUGCAGCAGCAGUCUCACCCAUCAGGAGCGAAAGAAAAUCAAAGCCCAAAAGGAGAAAGGCUCAGAGCUUUUGCGACUGUGUGGUCUGGCUAUAA